ACUGUUACUUCUCCUUCCUGAUCUCAGAUACGCAGAGGAUCCUCGACAGGAUGGACGACAGCGAGACUUACAUGAAUAUGAAACGCACAUAUACUGGCUCAGGGGCACCUUCCCGAGACGAUCUGACCUGCACCGACACCGAUCUGAACAUUCGGAAAGUCGAACGCCUCACCAAUAGACAAGCAGAUGAUCUGGUCCCCACCUACUCUCAGCUGAACGUUCACCAAAAUGAAAUUCCCAUCGCUAAAGAAGAAAAUCCUCCUAUGGCGCCGAGACCAGGAGAAAUGCCAACGACUGCUCAGGCAGAUGAUCUGGACCCCACCUACUCGCGGCUGAACCUUCUCCAAAAUGAACUUCCCAUCGCUAACGAAGAAGAUCCUCCUGUUGCGUCUGGACCAGGAGAAAUGUCAGUGACUGCGCAGGCAGACGGUCUGAACUCGACCUACUCAGUGCUCAAACUUCCUAAUGAUGAACAUCUCACCGAAGAGUAUGAAGAUCCUCCCAUUGCCCCGGGACCUGCGGAAAUGUCAGUGGUUGCACAGACAGGUCCGCAUAAAGAGCAGACGAACGAGAACAUCGGAAAUAGACCGGACCGUAAGUUCUGCCUACUCUGCCUGGUUACGUUCGUCCUCUUCGCGACGGUGGUCGGGCUCUCGAUCCAUGUGUCACAGAUUCGUCAGUCUGAGAUCACAUCCGACAGAAAUUACCAGGAGUUAAACUCAACCCUUCAAUCCAAGAUAUCCGAGAAUUCCCACCUGAAUUUCUCCCGGAGAACCUGUCUGAAAAAUCUCUCUGCGCUCAACUCUAAUCUAUCCGAUCUUAAACGAAUGCACAGCUAUCUCCGUCACCAGUUCACUGAGAUGGAAACGAAGUACAGAUCUGUCAACGAAACCAAGGCUCAAAUCUGUGAAUUGUUGACCAGCAGAAAAGAGCAUCCGUGUCCUCAGAACUGGAUCGAUAACGAAAAUCGGUGUUAUUUCAUAUCUUCCUUGGAGAAAACUUAUGAUGGAGCGAGGGAACAUUGUUCAAACUUGGAUGCAAGGCUCCUCGAAAUAAAUUCAAAAGAGGAAGAGGAAUUUGUUUCCACCUCUGUCGGCGAUGAAUACAGAACUUACUGGAUUGGAAAAUGCAGAGACGGGAAUGUGGGCUCUAAUCUUCUGUACAAGUCCUAUAGCCGGCCCAGCUGCAGAAAAUGCGACGGAUCCUGGACAUACGAUUGCAAAAUAAAACACAGAUUCCUCUGCGAGAAGUCGGAUAUUCCUGCAGAGAUCCGAGGUCUUUGUCAACACCCCGUGGGGAGAACCUAAAUCAAAGGAAUGUAUCUCAAUUCUCCCCAUUCAAUCUACCCCACUCUCAAACCCCUACCCUUUUACUCCUUCACACCCACUCCAUCGUACACCAGUCUCCUCCUCUAAUCGCAUCCACAUUCUCCCCCACUACUCUCCCUCUCCCCAUCCAGACCACUCUUCACCCUUCCUGCCCCUCUCUCCUCCGCUCGCCACAAUUACUCCCUCUUUCUACUCUUAUCUUUGCCAUUCUCCCCAACACAUUCUUCUUCUGCUCUGGCUCUCUCCCCCUCGGACCCCAUUCUCGGCCUCUCCUCUCUCCGUUCUCUCCACACACUCUCACCUCAAUUCUGUGAACUCUGGCUCUCAAUUCCCCAACCCAACCCAAUGUGCACAUUUACCCUCCUUGUGCCCCUCCUGGCUUCAUACCCUCGCUCCAGGAACUGUAGACACAUCCUUUCUGCUUGCCUUCUGUCCGUAACUCAGACCGUCGAGACCCGGCAACAUCCUCGUAAAUCUCACCCCGCACUCUUCCCAGCUUAGUGGCAGCUUUCCUACAGGAGGGGGACCAGAAGUGAACACCGCCCUCCAAGCGCGGCCUCAACGACGCCUUGUACAACUUCAAGGUGACUUCGGUACGGUGCAAAAUUAUCGUAAAUAGGGAGAUGUAAAAUUAACGUAAAUAGGGAGAACUAAUAAAUACUGCAAUGAAGGUGAA